UAAAAUUGUAUUAUUUUUUCAAUUGAACAAUUUGUUAUGAUACGUUACUAUUUUAUUUUAAGGAAACUUUAUCAAAAGCUUCUCAAGAAUUCUUUCCUGAGUUAUGUGUGGAGCAUCCUGAAUUGAAAUUGCAAGAAUAUUAUCAAAGCAAGUUUCUGUUGAAGUAUAAUUGGAAGCCUGAAUAUUUCUUAAAUUUUGAGACUGUACCUAACACAAAAUCAUCAUAUAUAUCCAAACUGUUGGAUGAUCCUAUUGUUAUUAAGGAAUACAAGCAUGACAGUAAAGAAGAUAUGACUAAGUUUUUACAAAUUGCCUUUCUUUGGAAUGAUUGCAAAUGUGAAUACUUGUUGAAGAUCAAAGCAUUAUUUUUUAAGACGGAAAAUACCAUGUGUGUUAUUUGCCCAUCGGUGCCUCAUUCACUUGUAGAAUCUCCGCCCACACCUUUGGAUGGAGAAAAAGCAUGUUGUAUGCUCCGGCAAGUGCUGGUAUGUCUGAAAGAGCUCCAUUCUCACAAAAUUGUUUUUGGCGCUGUUCAUCCUUCAACAGUUUUGAUUGAAGAGAAGAAGAUUUUACUGGACUUUUGCUUUAAUCCGAAGGAUCUAGAUGAUAGUAUUCUAAAAGGAAUCAACUUUCAUCCUCCCGAGCAGGAAAACUCUGAAAAACCAGCUGAUAUGUAUGGAUUUGGAUGCUUAGUGCUAUGGCUCCUAUUUCCAAAUUUAUCUUUUACAUCAAAUGAUGAUGGAGUACCCAAUAUUGCUGCAUACCGAAGUAUUAUUGAAGAUGCAUUGACAACCAAAGAUUAUGCUCUGCUUUGUAACUUAGUGAAUUCCAAACCAAAAUCUAGACCCUCUGCUUCUCAUCUUCUGAGCAAAGGGUUUCUCUCGAGCUAUGAAUCUUAUUGCCACUUUCGAAAUAAAGCUGUUACUGGCCACUCCUAAUCAAGCUGCAAAUUCAAACAUUUUUAUUGAAAAAUAUGAUUUAAAAUAUAUUUUUUUUUAAAUUUCUUUAAUUUUCCUUGAAAUAGUCAUUUCAUCUUUUUCUUUCAUAACUAUUAUUAUCCAGUGCCAAAAUAAUUAAUUGAUUCACAUUAUAAAAUACAUUGUUAAUUUUAGUUAAUUGAUUCACAUUACAAAAUACAUUGUUAAUUUUAGUGCAUGUUUGCAAAGUGCUUUUCUAAUUGAGUCAAUAAUAUUUUCUGUUCAUAGACCAUCGCAGUCAGUAAAUUGCAAAUAUUAAGAGGUAUAUUUGUUAUAGAGAUUAUAUUUGUAAUUUUUUUUUUCUGUGGACCAAUUGAAUUGUCUGUACCUGUAUGAAGAAAAAAUUUAUAUGGAUAUCUGUGAUUAUUAUUUUUAGUUUCUCUGUGAUUUUUUUUUCUUUUUUUGUACAUGUUGCAGUUAAUAUGUUCAAUACUUUUUUGUAUUGUUGAAUGUUUUUCAAUAAAUUUAUAACUUUUUCAAAAAAAAAAAAAA